AUGGUCAAGGGCAGCGACAUCCUCCUCAUCCUCGUGGCUAUUCUCUUCCCUCCGGCGGCAGCCGCCAUUGUGACGGGAUGCUCCUGUGAUCUUCUGAUCAACAUCCUCCUCACCAUUCUGGGCUACCUGCCCGGUCACAUUCAUGCCUUCUGGCUCAUCUACAAGAAGAUGAAGGCCGAGGAGAAGUACGGUCUUCACGGAUUCGUCUACAAGGGCUCGGGCGUCUACGAGGCCGCUCCCGGAGCGCAGGUCAACCAGCCCCCGCCCAACUACGGUGCCGUGGCGCAGUAA